CCGUCACUGUAGGAGAUGGCUUUGUCAUAGUCUGACUCAUAUACAGCAAAUCCGAUUGUCAAAGAUCACACAGCGCUAUCAUCCGCGAUCUCUCAGAUAACCAUGAGCGAGACAUUCUCUACUUCUACUUCCCAGGAGAUCCUUCCAUCCGAGCACUUCCUCAAUCUUCCCCGUCCUGACGUCUUCAUCGGUCCUGGUGCCAGUGCUGACAAUGGCCCCGAUUUUGGAGGGAUCGUCGACACAACAACCCUUGCGGCACAUGAUUUCGACGUCGAUACGCGGACUGGUUUCAUGCCCCCCGACCCACCCAUCCACAGACUCCCUGAACAAUGGGAGCCGUGGGAAGCCGUGUUGAAAGAAGCCAUGCGCAAGGGGUUGCAGCUGGCUAUCGGGGAGGAUGUCACGGAUGAGGAAAGGAAGACGUCGGACAGCUGGCGGUCGGAAGUGAGUAACUUACCAACGCUCGCUAUUCAAGACCUCACAACAUCCGAGGUCCUUCUCCGCAGAGCGCAUCACGUUCUCACUUUCAUAAUGCAUUUCUAUAUCCACACUCUCCCUCUAACCGCACCCGUCGUGAUUCCUGCGUCGAUUGGGAUCCCGUUGUUGAGAGUAUCAAGACAUUUGCAGUUACCGCCUAUAGCCACGUAUUCGGAUACCGUGCUGUACAAUUGGGAGCUGAAGAAGGCACCUUCAACUUGUGAAGCGGAGACAGGGUUGGAGUGGGCAUGCACCAUGGAUCUAGAUAACCUGAAGAGCCAAGACCUCUUCACAGGUACACGCGAUGAAGAGGAAUUCUUCCUCGCAUCCGCCCGUAUCGAACUGCGGGGCGUCGAAGCGCUCGAACUGAUGCGCGCAUCGAUGGAUGAGAUGUUCGUCGGUGACGAUAUCGCCGUCCGUCGUAUCACAUCUUACCUCUCCCGUCUUGCUGGAGUGAUACAUGCGUUGACAGGCUUGCUGAUGGACGUGCGAAAGGGGUGUGACCCGGACGUAUUUUAUCAUCGCGUGAGGCCUUGGUUUUGUGGGCAGGAUGCUGAUCCUGCGAAAAGGACGUGGAAGUUUGAGGGUAUCGAAAAAUGUGAAGAUGGUAUGGAGGAGCCCACGGAUCUGUCAGGACCAAGUGCAGGGCAGAGCGCAUUGAUACAUGCGCUGGAUAUUUUUCUGGGACUGGACAAUUGCAGAUCGGAGACGACGCCGACAAGUGGAAACGCGGAUGCGCGCACGUUACUUCGAAGGAUGCAGAUUUACAUGCCAAGACAUCAUCGUGCCUUCCUUCGACAUCUUUCCGCGAACCCUCGUCCCAUGCGUGACUUUGCGCAGACAAAAAUACCGGAGCUCGUCGAUGCGUAUAAUCGGGCUGUGGGUGCGGUGAAGGAGUUCAGAGACGCGCAUAUAAGGAUCGUGGCGUUGUAUAUCGUCGGACCAGCGACUCGAGGGCGAGCAGGGGAGGCGGAGAGGGGGUCUUUGAAGGGUACUGGAGGAACACAGUUGGUGCAGUUUCUGAAGGGAGUGAGAGACAAGACAGAAGAUGCGUUGUUGCAGUAACCCAUUCUCCCGCUAGGCGCAAAAUGGCAUGACAUUGCUAGUGAAAUGUAACCUCCACUUAUCAACAGCAUGGCAGCCGACACCCCGUACGA